GCUCACCUGUAAAUAUGCGGAAGUGGGCAGCGUGUUGGCUGAGCGGAGUGUGCGACAGGGAAACGGGACAGUCGUCGGAAGGGAACAGCGGAGGUGUGAUGGAGCCCCGGCGUCGUUCAUGACCCGGACACUGCCGCACGAAGGAGCUCGUAUCUCAGCGGGCUUGGACAGAGUUCCCCCCCCCGAGCGAACCGAGGGACAACCUGCGACAUGUUCUGCAGGAGCUCCGAGGAAGGCUUUGAGCUAUGGGACAGACAAAAAGACGGAACUGAGCAUUUGCUUCCUCCAACGGCUACCCGAAGGACAUUUGAUUAUGUACUAGUGGCCCACAAGGUGGACGAUGACACCAACCAGAAAGCUCAAAGACAACGGGCCUUCAUCCAGCAGCUUGAGAAGAAGAACAUCAUUGUUAUUAGGAUUGUCCAUGAUGACAAAGUGUUUUUUGGCUUGCGUGCUCCAAAAAAGAUGUUUGAAGACUACCAGUAUCUGCUUAAAGUCUCUGACUCUUGUAACUGGUGUGGAGAUGUAAGGGGAGCUGUCACCCAGGCUACCAGGAUCAGAAUUGUCCAUUUCGUUCUUCAUCAGACCUUUAUCAACACAGGGGAGAACUUGAAGGAACUACUGAUGAAAAAUGUUUUUGAAACCAUAUUCUGCCUCCACGAGAGAAAGGCGCAAAAAAAGCUGAAGUUGAAGUGGGCUCAAUGGUCGAGUCUGUUUACAGGACAACCAGUUCAAGAAAUCAAAUGCUACUUUGGAGAGAAGGUGGCUCUCUACUACCUUUGGCUAGGCUGGUACACAAAGCUGCUGGUUCCAGCUGCUGCUCUGGGUGUUGUAGUAUUUCUGUAUGGACUCGCCUUUUUCAACACCAGUCCUCUCAUUAAGGAAGUGUGUAACUCCAGCAUCAUCAUGUGCCCGCGCUGUGAUAACAGAUGUACAGUGUGGCAGCUGUCAGACACCUGCGCCUAUGCGAAGGUCAGUCAUCUGUUUGACAAUGAGGGCACUGUGGCUUUUGCUAUGUUCAUGGCAAUCUGGGCUACUCUGUUCCUGGAGCUGUGGAAGAGACAUAGAGCCAGACAUGUUUCUCAGUGGAAAGUCCAUGACUGGUGUGAAGACGAGGAUGAACUUAUUCUGGAGAUAGUCAACGAUCCAAACUGUGCACCCAAACAGUUCCGACACUCUUACCUGCGCAGCACUGUGGUCCUCAUCCUGGUAACACUUAUGCUGAUGCUGAUCAUUGGGCUUGCUCACGUUUUGGUGGUGUUUCGUGUGGUGGCCGCGCCGUUGUUGUCUGAGGGCAGGUUGGAGUUUUUCAGGGACCACGCCAACACUGUGGCCAUGAUGCUGGGAGCCGUGCUGCACUAUGUCACCAUUCAGAUCAUGACUCGAGUGAACCGAUGGGUUUCCCUCAAGCUUUGUGACAUAGAGAAGACAAACUCAUUUGCUGCCACAGAGAGGAGCUUUACAGUUAAGAUGUUCACCUUCCAGUUCUUCACACUCUUCUCAUCGCUCUUCUAUGUGGCCUUCUUCCUGGGCAGGAUAAAUGGCCAUCCGGGAAAUUAUGUGCGCAUCGCUCGCUGGAGACUGGAGGAGUGCCAUCCCAGUGGUUGUUUGACAGAUCUGUUCAUCCAGAUGGCCGUGAUCAUGCUGCUCAAACAGACCGUCAACAACAUCUUUGAGUUCACAGUGCCCUGGCUGAAGAGCUGUCUGAGCAGGAACACGGCAAAGAAGCUGGAGAGGAAGUGCGGUUACUGUUACAGGAAGGCUUGCCGUGAUGAAAAGAGACAUGUCGAACCGUGUGACACCUGCAAACUUCGGGACUGGCUGCGGAACUAUCACCUUGCCAACACAGACGCCUUUAGCCUGUUCAAUGAGUUCCUGGAGAUGGUGGUCCAGUUCAGUUUCACCACCAUAUUUGUGGCUGCAUUCCCCCUGGCCCCCCUGCUGGCUCUGAUCAACAACAUCUUUGAGAUCCGACUGGAUGCCAUCAAGAUGGUUCGCCUUGAACGCCGGCUGGUUCCCAGGAAGACCAACAAUAUCGGUGUGUGGACAAACGUGUUGGAGGCGAUCGGUGUGCUGGCGGUGAUAGCUAAUGGCCUGGUCAUUGGAGUGUCAUCCGACUUCAUUCCACGCCUCGUCUAUCGUUACCACUAUGGUCCAUGUGCUAAUGGAAGCACUCACACACACUGCAUGGAGGGCUACAUUAAAGACACUUUGUCUACGGCGUUUAUCAGUCACUCUGCAGUCCGGGGGGAUUUUCUUGAUAUUCAGAUGAUGACAGACAAUGGCUUCAAUGUGACACAGUGCAGCUAUAGAGACUACAGGAGCGAUGAGGACUACAAUUUGACUUCUAAGUUCUGGUUGGUCCUGGCUGUGCGUUUCGCCUUCGUGAUCCUCUUUGAGCAGCACGUGGUGGUGUUGUGUAAGUUUAUAGCAGCCUGGUUCGUCCCUAACAUCCCCAUUCAGGUGAAGAACGAUCGUCUGCAUGACAAACUGGCACGGCUAAAGGAGGAGCUGCGUGAGUUGAAACGCAGCAGAUCAACGGACGUCUGAACCUUUCACAGAUGACUUCAGAUCUGCACCCAAUGACAAGUCCAAAGUCCUCAUGUAAAGAUAAAUUCAUUGUUUAUGUUUAUUUUCUGUUGGACCAUGAGACUGGACUUGUGGUGAUGUAACGUUGUAAUAAUUGUAUGUGUCAUGAUAUUGUAUGUAUUGUAUAUAUAAUUGGGGAUUGAACCUUUUUUGUUGACAUGUGACCAACCAUUUCCUCAUAUAUGUUCACACACCAGUUGAGACCCUUGUGAUGUUGUCUACAUUUGAAUGUAAUGUUUAAUUUUAUUGUAACAUGACAUGGCAUUCGAGUAAAUCAAUUUGCUGAACCUAAUUUUGAUUUUUAAUCUAGCCAUUGAAUUCAAGAAAGAUUAUUUUAUUCCAGACAGAAUUCCUGACAGUUUUCAUGAUUUAACUGUCUUAUUCUGUCAUUGCAGUUAGGAAUAACUUUGUGGCAAUAAAUGGAAAUGAAACCUAAA